GAGGUGGGGAGGCUGUGUGUGUAUCUUUUAUCUACAUAUAUGUGCUUUCUCGUCGUUUGUGUAUCUUGUCUGUCUGUUUGUCUGCUUCUGAAUUUAUACGUUUACUUUUAUUUCACUCUGGUUUGCUUUGAGGUCUUGAACAAUAUUAUACUAUACUACACUAUACAAGUGCGCAGACGUUCAUCGGUAUCGUAGUGUGUAUAGUAUAUAAUAAAAAAGCACUUCUUUUUCGACACACCCUCGCCCUCCUCCGCGGCCCGCCCCUUCAAAUCUUUUCUUCGAGAAACAUACUAUACAAAACGCGCCAUCCUUCUCCAACUAGGUACAGAAAGCAAAAAUGUCCGACUCCUCCGCCCCAACAGAUCAUCCAGCCUACAAACUUUACCGCUACACGCCGAAUAUAGCCGCGGCCGUGAUUUUUCUGCUCGCCUUCGCAGCUACGACGUUGUAUCACAUAUACCAGAUGAUCCGGGCUCGAUCAUGGUACUUUACUCCUCUUGUUAUUGGCGGUCUUUUCGAGGUCGUCGGAUACAUCUUUCGAAUUAUGGCGCAUUCCAACAAAGAAUCCAUUCCCAUCUACAGCAUUACCACGAUUUUGAUCCUGCUCGCACCGGCGCUGUUCGCUGCCUCGAUAUACAUGGUUCUCGGACGACUGGUCGUCGCACUCGAUGCCGAAGACUUAUCGCCUAUCCGUAAGAAGUGGAUGACCAAGGUUUUCGUCAUUGGAGAUGUCAUUGCAUUUUUGAGUCAAGCGGCCGGUGGAGGAAUUAUGGCUAGCGGAACAGCCAGCGCUUUGGCGACUGGAGAGUAUAUUACGAUAGCGGGUCUUGCCAUCCAGCUUGCCUUCUUCAGCGUCUUCAUAUUCACCGCGACUCUUUUCCAUCGUCGAUUCCAAAGAACCACAAACACCGCGCCGAUGAGAAUGUCCGUCAACCACAUUAUGAAAAACAGGAAUUGGGAAGCUCUGCUGUACGUUUUGUAUAUUACGAGCGCACUGAUCCUGAUCCGUUCGGCUUUCCGCUUAAUCGAGUAUGCUGGGGGAAAUGACGGGUAUCUGCUUUCGCAUGAGGUUUUCGCUUACAUCUUCGACGCAACGUUGAUGUUUUUUGUAAUGGUGAUACUCAACCUUUUCCACCCUUCCGAUGUCAUGGGUGACAAGGCGACCUUGUAUGGAAGCACGGGCAUGUCUUUGCAUAACCGGGGAUCAGGAGUUUGAAGUCUGAAGAGGAAUAGCUAGAAAUCCUUGUGUUUGAUGAAUUGUAACUUGUUGGCGUCAAUAAUGUAUUGUUUAACAUAGAUGCGAAGUAAAGAAAUGGAAUCUUGCUGUAACUAAAUAUAGUGGUACCUGACCAUACCGAUAUUGGACGUACUGAUAAAGUUAUAUCAAUGUACCUUGAUGUACUGCUUUACACCCAUAAAUCUUUUGUCAACAUUGAUAUAACAUUGAUGAUAAAAAUAAUCGAUUAAAUCUGGAAAGCUUUUACCACC